CCACAUUUAAGGCUCCACCUCAGCCUCGUACUCAACCGAGCCAAUCAUAUCCCUUCUAAAUCGACCUCACCUCAAUUCGUAGUGUCCAUCGCCCGGAAAGCUUGCUCUGGAUGACCAUCCGACCCCAGAACCGACUUCUCCCUUCCCCUCCGACUCCAUCACCACAACCACAGCCAUGGCGUCCCGACGGCCUCAAUUCAACCAGCAGUUCCAGGUCGACACGACCCCUCUGCCCGAUAGCAUCCCCAAGGUCAAGGAGAUCGGUGCCAGCUCCGCGCCCCUGCUGUCUGCAUCCUACUUCAUCGGCGCCCGAUGCCGCGAAUACAAUGACGACUUCAUGCAGUGCAAGACGGAGAGCGCGGGCCGCGGUGAAUUCGACUGCUUGAAGGAGGGUCGUCGGGUCACGAGAUGUGCCUCCAGCGUGCUGAAGGACAUCAACACCCAUUGCCUCGAGCAGUUCAAGGCCCACUGGACCUGCAUCGAGAACCGCAACCAUCAGCUCUACCAGUGCCGACAGCCCGAGUGGAAGCUCAACAAAUGUGUCUAUGAGAACCUGAAACUCGAGAAGCACAUCCCCGACCAGCGUCCCGGUGUCACCCCUGUCGAGCUCCGUACUCACAUGAUCUACGCCGACCAACCCAUCAACACCCUCGAGGGCAAGCCCUUCAUCCCCCCGUCAAAGGCCGAGGGCAACAAGCAAGCGUCGUAAAAGGUGCGUGGGCGUUUAUGUGUGCGAAAAGGCGCUGUGGGAAGACGGCUGCCUUCCCUUCCCCUGGCACGAAUGCCGCGGACGGAGAGGAGUCUGGGCUUUGCGUUGAAGAUGUAGGCUCGGGACUUGGCGAUAGAACGCUGUGUACAUAUGUCAUCAAUCAGAGUUGGGAUCAUCCAAAUGGCUUCUUUUAAUGUUUCCCCAGCCUGUUUCGGAUUACCCAGGGGGAUCCUCAGCAAUCGUAAUUACGAUGCUCCUUAGCUCGACUGGGCCGGCUGGCCGUCGCCAACGGCGAUGAGCCAGCACGAAAGGUAUAUCAAAGACGGACCAACACCCAUUCCUAUAGCGUUUGGGGCGAGUUGCAACUCACAUUGUACCAGUGACUGACAUGGUAAUACUAGUCACGACCUACACGGGUUUGCUGGUACUUUCGCCGUUCAACCAUAUGCAGGCUUAUUCUUUGCCGGCGUCCCAGGUCACAGGUUUGCCAAGAUGACU